AAAAGUCGGCCUUAUGCAUAUAGGUUUUCUUCUUUGGAUGCAAGGCUAUUCAUGGAAAACUAACUUCAAAUUCCUUACAGCUGUUUAUCAAAGGAUCCAUAGUAUACGCCGCUCUCUCCCUCGUUUGUUUGCUUCUCUCCCUCACGAAAAACCCCUCUCUCUUCUCGGGUCGUCUCUUCCCUGUUUCCAUUCGUGGAGAUCGAAGUCGCAAGGAUUGAAGAGACCAGGGUUCUUCGAGAGCUCUGUCUUCUGUAGUAGCUUAUUGGUUCGAAAGAGUUCUCAUUGAAGAGUGGUUUUGCAGCAACUAGCGAGUGGAAGUUUCUAAUCUGUCAACGCCAAUAUCUUAACCCUUGUGUGCUUUCCUUAUUCUUGAAAAUGUCGUCCCUAAGAAAUGCUGUUUAUAGACGGGCUCACAAGGAACGAUCUCAGCCACAAUCAAGAAAAAAAUAUGGGCUUCUCGAGAAACACAAGGAUUAUGUUGUGCGUGCGAAGGCAUUUCACAAAAAAGAGGAUGCUUUGCGUAAACUCAAAGAGAAAGCAGCAUUCAGGAACCCAGAUGAAUUUUACUUUAAGAUGAUCAAAACAAAAACGGUGGAUGGAGUCCAUAAACCGGAGAGUCAAGCUAACAAAUACACUCAAGAAGAACUCAUGUUAAUGAAGACCCAAGAUAAAGGAUAUGUCCUGCAGAAGCUUCAAAGUGAAAAAAAUAAAAUUGAAAAGCUAACAGCCGUGCUACAGUCUCUUGAUAAUCAACCGUCAACCAGACACAUUUUUUAUGCUGAAGACAGGGAGGAUGCCAAAGAGAUGCAGUUGCGAACAUCAAAAGUUGGAAAGGUGCCUGUUUUUGAGGAUGUGCCUGAUCAUAUUAAAAGGAAAACAGCCGCUUCCUACAGAGAGCUGGAGGCGCGAAAAGGCAGAGUGAAUGACUUGGAGAAAUUAUACAUGGAUAUGGCUAUGCAGAAAGAACUACAGAAAAAGGGUCGGAAACGCAAACUUCGUGAAGAUGAGAUUGUAUGUCCAACCUCCAAACCAGUAUACAAGUGGCGGCCAGACCGAAAACGAUGAAGAGAAUUGGGAUAUUGUCAAUGAGGUGAAGGUACCGUUAUGUGGCCUAAAACUGAACAAUCAGCUUCGCCUGGUUAGCUGUUGAAGGUGUUUAGAUGUGGAGUUUGAGAAAUCAAGAACAAAAUAACUGUCUGUGGCUCUGAUUGCGUGAACAGCUGUUAGGACUAUAGAGAGUCCUGUAGCAAUUCAUAAUCUGUAGUUUUUUGUGUCUGGAAAUUUUUGAUCUUACAUUUCAGUUACAGUUACCUGAAAUUGUUCUGUCAUUUUACUUAUUUCUUGGAAAGUUACUUUCGUUAUGUUA